AUGGCUGACAAAGACACUGUGGAGAAGUUCCUCGACAACAAUCCGGAGUUUGCGAAGGGGUACUACGAAAAGAAAGUCCAGGCAGACGUGAUCACUGCUGCUUUCAACAACCAGGUGCAGGUCAAAGACCCGUCCUCUUACAAGGAUGUCACCACCAUCCAGGAGGCCGAGUUCAUAUUCGAGCUCAUAAAGGAGAUGCACAGCCCCAACCAGAUGGAGAAAGCCCUGCAUAAAGUCCUCCAGAGGAUUGCUCUGCUGAUCCAAGCCGACCGCUGCAGCUUCUUUGCCAGCAGGGCUCGCAACGGAACCCCUGAGCUGAGCACGGUCCUCUUCGAUGUGACGCACAAUUCUGCGUUUGAGAAGAAUUUCGUGAACCCCAACGUAGAGAUUGUUUUCCCCACCGACAUGGGAAUUGUCGGGUGGACGGCGCACUCCAAGAAGCCCCAGAAUGUUGCUGACGUAAAGAAGAACUCUCAUUUCAGUGACUUUGUGGACAAACAGACCAAAUACACCACAAAGUGCAUGAUCACUGCUCCCGUCAUGAACGGAAAGGAUCCCAUCGGUGUCAUCAUGGCUCUCAACAAACAAGGAGCCGCCGAGUUCUCCAAGAGUGAUCAGGAGCUCUUCACAAAAUACAUGAACUUUGCCUCCGUGGUCAUUCUCCAAGCACACAGUGCUUACAUGUGGGAUGUAGAGUCCAGGAGGAGCCAGGUGCUGCUGUGGUCCGCCAGCAAAGUGUUUGAGGAGUUGACAGACAUUGAGAGGCAGUUUCACAAAGCCCUGUACACAGUGAGGAUCUAUAUCAAGUGUGAGAGAUACUCUGUGGGACUGCUGGACAUGACCAAAGACAAGGAAUUCUACGACGAGUGGGCAAUCAAACUUGGAGAGCAGGAGGCAUACAAGGGCCCCAAGACCCCUGAUGGCAGAGAGAUCAAUUUCUACAAGAUUAUCGACUACUUGCUGGAAGACAAAGAGGAGAUUAAAGUUAUCCCUGGCCCUCCUGCAGACCACUGGGCUCUGGUCAGCGGACUCCCAUCCUAUGUGGCUGAGAAUGGAAUGAUCUGCAACAUGAUGAACGUCGCUAAUGACGAAUACUUCGCAUUUCAGAAAGUAGCGGUGGAUGAGUCUGGGUGGACGAUCAAGAAUGUCCUCUCGCUCCCUAUCGUCAACAAAAAGGAAGAAAUUGUUGGUGUUGCAACUUUCUUCAACAGGAAAGAUGGAAAACCAUUCGAUGAGAAUGAUGAACAAAUUACAGAGGCUCUGACCCAGUUCCUGGGCUGGUCCACUCUGAACAGCGACACGUACGACAAACUGAACAGGUCUGAGUGGGGUAAAGAUAUUUCCCAGGAGAUGCUCAUGUACCAGACAAAGGCCACACCGGAGAACGUGCAGACCAUUCUGAACACUCAGGAUAAGUUUGGCUCCACACCUGAGGACUGCGACCAGAAGGAGAUGUACAAACUUCUGCGAUCCACCAUCCCUGAAGCCAACGUCGUGGACCUGCGUGAGUUCCGGUUCAGUGACUUCCCCCUGUCGGAGAUAGAACUCAUCAAGUGUGGAAUCCGCUGCUUCUUUGAGCUGGGCGUGGUCGAGAAGUUCAAAGUCCCAGCUGAGAUCCUGACCCGUUGGAUGUACACCGUUCGCAAGGGAUACCGCGAUAUCACCUACCACAACUGGAGGCACGGCUUCAAUGUGGGACAAACCAUGUUCGCGCUGCUGCUAACAGGUAAACUGAAGAAGUACUACUCGGAUCUGGAGGCCUUUGCCAUGGUUGCUGCUGGAUUCUGCCACGAUAUUGACCACAGAGGAACCAACAAUCUCUACCAGACAAAGAGCUUAUCCCCGCUGGCAAAGCUGCACAGCAGCUCAAUUAUGGAGCGGCAUCAUCUGGAGUACAGUAAGACUUUGAUGGAGGAUGAGAACCUGAAUAUCUUCCAAAACCUCCAGAAGCGUCAGUUUGAAACCGUGCAGCAUCUGUUUGAAGUUUGCAUUAUUGCCACUGAUCUCGCACUUUAUUUCAAGAAGAGAACCAUGUUCCAGAAAAUCGUGGAAUGCAUUGAGGGGAUUCCAGAGGAGAAAGAGAAGAUCAGCCACGUCUCCAACAAUGCAACCAGGAAGGAGAUUAUAAUGGCAAUGAUGAUGACAGCUUGUGACCUGUCAGCCAUUACAAAGCCAUGGGAGGUUCAGAGCAAGGUCGCUCUGAUGGUGGCGUCAGAAUUCUGGGAGCAGGGAGACCUCGAGAGGACAGUUCUCGACCAGCAGCCUAUUCCCAUGAUGGACAGAGACCAUGCUGCCGAGCUUCCCAAGAUGCAGUGUGGUUUCAUCGAUUUUGUCUGCUCCUUCGUGUACAAGGAGUUCUCUCGCUUCCACCCAGAGAUCACACCCAUGUUUGACGGGCUGAAUGUAAACAGGGGCCAGUGGAGAGCUCUCGCCGACGUCCACGAAGCCAAGAUAAAGGCCAUCGAAGAUGAGAAGAAGAAGCUGGAGGGCGGAGGCGCUGAAGCUCAAGAUGCUGGGAAGUCAAAGACAUGUGCGAUCUGCUAGACAUCCAAGACCUUGCAAAGUAUCUAUGAAGGUUUUCCUGCAUGUGUAUUUGUACAGUGUGUACGUGCAUGAGCACGUGUUCACAGAUGAGGGAAUUGAAAUGUGCAAAAAUCCUCAAAUCAUUAUUUUUGUAUCCUGUAAUGUACUGUUCUUCAGAAAGCAGCACAACUGAGUGACGUACGAAUGUGACAUUAUGAAAAACAGACAUUUAACCAAUUCUUGUAAAUACAAAAAGCUCCAGUGAACUGAACUUGCCAUCAUCACAAAGAGUGAAUGUCUUCAUUCACUUGUGAAUAUUUAUACUAAAUACAAUUGAGGAAUAUUAAUGUGAAUAGAAAUAUUAGGCUGCAGUUGCAAUGCAGUUUGAACUGUUACAUGAGAAUAUUUUGGAAAUAUAAAAUACAAUAAAUUAUCUUUUGUUGUAGUGGAAAAAGAUUAAUAAAUUAAAUGAGUUGUUCCCUUUUUUAAACUUGCAAGUAGCACCACGUAAAUAUCAAGCAUACGUCCCCGGCAAAUGGUUGGAAGAUGUAAGAAGAUUUGAAAGAAUUGGAUUUGGUUAUAAGCCACAAGGCUUUCCCUUUUAAGUCGCCUGCUUACAUAAAGUAAAAGCACGGCUAAUAAGUCAGCGUGUCCAGAGUACAUGUGGCACUGGAAGAAAGGCGUCAGCUGGAAACGCUGUGCAGCACAUGUCAGCAUGUACAGGAGAAAGGACUUGUUUGACUGAAACGUCGUAUUUACCGUGUGAUUAUGUUGUGAUUUCUUGAAAUAAGAAGAUGUAUUUUUCCAAAAUCCCAUCCCACACUCUACAGAGAGUCAGCGUCGUGUCCUGUUUUAUUCUGCUGUCUUUUUGCAUAAAUUUGACUCUGUCAUUCAAAAAUACCUUCAAAAAUUCUAG